UCACCUGCUGCUCAAGCAGGACUACGACCAUUCUUUGACUACAUCGUUGCUGUCAAUGGCAUUCGUUUGGUAAUACACAUUUACUUACUUAAUAAAGAAAAUACAACUCUUCAAGAGCAAUUGGAAGCAUAUGAGAACAAAACGAUGACAUUGGAUGUGUACUCCACCAGAGCACAGGAACUACGAAAGGUCGAGAUGAUUCCUACGAGGACAUGGGGCGAUGAUAAAGAUGGACUAAUUGGCUGUAGUAUUCGAUUUACUCUUUUCGAUACAAUCAACGACAUUGUCUGGCAUAUUUUGGAUAUCAUGCCAAAUUCUCCAGCAGAACGCGCAGGUUUAGAUGCUCAUAAGGACUAUAUCAUCGGAACCUCAUUAGGAGUCAUGCGGGCUGAAAGCGACCUGUAUGACCUUGUGGAGGACUAUGUUGACGAGCCUUUACCACUUCAUGUCUAUAAUCUCGAUGCUGAUGAAGUCCGGGAGGUCAUUAUUGUCCCCAGUAAUGAUUGGGGUGGUCAAGGACUCUUGGGCUGUGAUGUAGGAUACGGGUAA